AUGACUGAAGCAAUGAUUGUUGAUCAAUCAAGUACGACAACGAUCGAGAAUACUAAUGAAUCUCAAACAGCAAAUGGUAUUGAAAAGAAAAAAUAUUCUAUACAAAAUGUUCCACGUUUACCACGUGAACUUACACCAUUUGCACAAUUUACAGCUAUUAUUGAACUUAAUCAACGUGGACCAUUAUUCAAAGGACCAGGAGCUAAACAUGAUACAGGACGUUAUAAAAUUCGAUUAUCAGAUGAUGAAAAUAUUAAACGUGCAAAAAAAUAUGCUUUGGAACAAAGUGUUAAAUAUGUUCUUGUCAGACAACAACAACAACAACAACGUGUACAAUUAGAUAAUAUUAAAAAACAACAAGCACUUUUAUUAAUGUGUCGAAUUUACAUUGGAAGUAUUAAUUUUGAAUUAAAUGAAGCAAUGCUUAAACAAGCAUUUCACCCGUUUGGUCCAGUUAAAGCUGUUUCAUUAACAUUUGAUCCCAUCACUAAUCGUCAUAAAGGCUUUGCUUUUCUUGAAUAUGAAAUACCAGAAGCAGCACAAUUAUCUAUUGAACAAAUGAAUGGAGUUAUUCUUGGUGGAAGAAAUAUUAAAGUUGGUAGACCAUCGAAUAUGCCACAAGCACAACCAAUUAUUGAUCAAUUAACUGAAGAAGCAAAAAAUUAUAAUCGAAUUUAUAUAGCUUCAAUUCAUCCAGAUUUAACAGAAAAUGAUAUUCAGAGUGUUUUUGAAGCUUUUGGUAAAAUAAAAAGUUGUACUGUAGCAAAAGAUCCAGCAACAAAUAAACAUAAAGGUUAUGGUUUUAUUGAAUAUGAAACAAUUCAAGCAGCACAAGAUGCAAUUAAUUCAAUGAAUUUAUUUGACCUUGGUGGACAAUUUCUUCGAGUGGGAAAAGCAAUAACACCCCCUGAAGGUUUAUUAGCUUCAGCUCCAGCAGCAGCAAAUUCAAUGCCAACAGCUACUGCAUUAGCUGUUGCUACAAUUACAGCUCAAUUACAGGCUAAAGAUGUUGAAACAAAUUCACAACCAACUAUAGUACUCGGAUUUAUUGGUGGUCCUAUUGCACCAACAACUGUUGCUGCAGCUCUCUCUGCUGCUUCAUAUUCUGGUGCAACAGCCGUUACAUCAAUGAUUUCUACUAUACUCAAUCCGACUACUGUUAUGACAAAUUCGAUUCCUCAACCUGCCGUUGUUGGUUCACCUGGAAUUCGUUCAAAUUUUACUGCACCACCUGUAUCAAAUGUUACCAGCUCACCAUCAAUACAACAAAUACCAGUUCCACCUCCACAAGUUAUAAUUCCACCAUCACCAUCAUCGACAUUGAUUCCUCAACCAACUACACUUGAAGAACCACCUAUUCCUGUUGGAUUAAAACCUGAUUUAGAACCAAAACAGCAAUAUCCAUCAAUUUCACUUGUUUUACCAGCAAAUAAAUCUGAAACAACUGACAAUCAAAAACCUAGUUUAGCUUUAAAUAUUGCUGAAGAUUCUACAGUGCCCUUAUCUCAGCAAGAAGAACUUAGUGUUAAAGGUCGUGAACAAAGACAUUUAUUAAUGCAAAAAUUAAAUCAACGUCGACUUGAAUCACGUGUGUGUGUAUUAAGAAAUAUGGUUGGUCCAGAAGAUGUUGAUGAUGAUUUACAACAAGAAAUAACAGAAGAAAGUUCAAAAUAUGGUGAAGUUAUUAAAGUUGUUAUUUAUACUGAGCAACAAGAAGAAGAUGAUAAUGCAGAACAAAUUGUGAAAAUUUUUGUUGAAUUUCAAACAAAUAAACAAGCAGAAAAAACAGUUCAAUCACUUAAUAAUCGAUAUUUUGCUGGUCGAAUGAUAAAAGCUGAAUUAUAUGAUCAAGCAGCAUAUCAAGCUGAUGAUCUAUCUGGUUAA